UUCGUUAUCAUAUAUGGAAUAAUCAGAAGAAGAACCUAAAUUAAAAAAAAAAUUACAAGAAGAAAAAGAGAAAUCAUUGACGAAGAAGACUGUAACCAGGAUAAAAACAAAUGUGCCGAUCAGAUCUCCAAUCAUCACGCGUCUGUUAAUAAUCUGAAUAGUCAACGCUAAAAGAUGUCUUGAGUCUGUCUGACCAGUGAAGUAAACUACUACUACUUGUCAAUAAGAGGCGGCAAGCACAUCGGACGGUCCUUGUUUUCCCUGUUAAUUAUAAACGGUCACCAUCUCUUUAGACAUAAUAUAUACUACUAGUAGUGGAGUGUUUUUGUUAAUUAAAGUGAUUAAACACCAAUUCUAGGUGUUAACCAAAAGAUAAAACGAUACAGUAAAUAUAUUCUUGUGAAUUCUAUAGUAUCAUAAUAUUAUUCCUUUUUUAUUUCACUUUUGAUAACUAUAAAAUCUUUGGCAAACUAAAAUAUCAUUAGAUUAUUCCUUUUUAAAUAGCUAAGGUAUAAUUUCUGAUUUAGCUUUGCUAUCACAAUGUUCAAUUUGUCUAAAGAUCCGUUACCUCUCUAUGCGAGAGAAGCUGUGAGAGAGUUUCCGACAAGUAACUAGGAGAUCGUAAUUCUUGUCUGAAAAACAACUUUUUUUAUUCGAAACUUCUCUCACAGAUUUUUCUCAGUUUUUCCAGAAAUUUUGUUCUUCUUCGUCCACUCACCGUGGAUCUCUCUAGUUUGUUGAAGAAAUCAAAUUGUGGAAUAAAUAAAAAAACAGAGAAAUAAAUACUGCAAGGAAAGUUUCUUACUUCGUCACUUUGACCCAGAAAGCUUUCAGAUUUUCCCGGAAAAGAAAUCUGCUGGAGAAAUUUCAUUGACUGACUUAUGGAUUUGUGAAGAAGCUUGAAGGCGAAUCGAAGAGAUGGGUCGGAGAAUAAAGAGGAAAGGUCUGAUAAACACGGAAGCUGCAAGAGAAUUUAUCAAUCAUCUAGUUGCUGAGAGGCAUUCGCUGUUGUUGCUGGUUCCUUUGGUCUUAGCUUUCUGGGCAAUUGAAAGAUGGGUCUUUGCUUUCUCCAAUUGGGUUCCUCUCGUUGUCGCCGUCUGGGCUUCUCUUCAGUAUGGAAGUUACCAAAGGGCACUACUUGCAGAAGAUCUAACCAAGAAGUGGAGGCAAACCGUUUUCAAUGCGUCGACGAUAACUCCAUUGGAACAUUGUCAAUGGCUGAACAAGUUACUGUCUGAAAUUUGGCUAAACUAUAUGAACAAGAAACUCUCUCUUAGGUUUUCUUCUAUGGUGGAGAAACGAUUGAGGCAACGAAGAUCAAGAUUAAUCGAAAAUAUACAAUUGUUGGAGUUUUCUCUUGGCUCAUGCCCUCCUUUGCUAGGACUACAUGGAACUUGUUGGUCAAAAUCAGGGGAACAGAAAAUCAUGCGAUUGGAUUUCAACUGGGACACAACGGAUCUAAGUAUUUUGUUGCAAGCCAAGUUAUCCAUGCCGUUUAAUCGAACAGCACGAAUCGUUGUCAACAGUCUCUGCAUCAAGGGAGAUAUUCUGAUCAGACCGAUUCUUGAAGGAAGAGCAUUGCUUUAUUCCUUUGUAUCGAAUCCUGAAGUUAGAAUCGGAGUUGCUUUCGGUGGUGGCGGUGGCCAAUCUCUCCCCGCUACAGAGCUUCCUGGUGUCUCCUCUUGGCUGGUAAAGAUUCUAACGGAAACUUUGAACAAGAAGAUGGUAGAGCCACGCCGGGGAUGUUUCUCGUUACCCGCAACAGAUCUUCACAAAACAGCCAUCGGGGGAAUUAUCUACGUAACCGUUGUAUCUGGUAACAAUCUUAACCGCAGAAUUCUUCGGGGAAGCCCCUCGAAAAGUUCUGAGAUCGGAGAAGGUAGCAGCGGAAAUAGCAGCAGCAAACCUGUUCAAACAUUUGUGGAGGUCGAACUCGAGCAACUUUCUCGACGAACCGAGAUGAAGUCAGGACCGAAUCCAGCUUAUCAGUCGACAUUUAACAUGAUCUUACACGACAAUACAGGGACACUCAAGUUUAACCUCUAUGAAAAUAAUCCUGGGAGUGUCAGAUAUGACAGUCUCGCUAGCUGUGAAGUUAAGAUGAAAUAUGUAGGUGAUGAUUCAACGAUGUUUUGGGCCGUUGGAUCUGAUAACGGUGUGAUUGCAAAACACGCUGAGUUCUGUGGUCAAGAAAUCGAGAUGGUUGUUCCGUUUGAAGGAGUUAGCUCCGGAGAGUUGACUGUCCGGCUACUUCUAAAAGAAUGGCACUUCUCUGAUGGCUCACAUAGCUUGAAUAGCGUUAAUUCGAGUUCAUUACACUCCCUCGACAGCUCGUCUGCCCUCCUCUCGAAAACCGGCCGGAAAAUUAUCGUGACGGUUUUGGCUGGAAAGAACCUUGUUUCUAAAGAUAAGUCCGGAAAAUGUGAUGCCUCUGUCAAGUUACAGUACGGAAAAAUUAUACAAAAGACGAAGAUAGUGAACGCAGCAGAGUGUGUGUGGAACCAGAAAUUUGAGUUCGAAGAGUUAGCCGGAGAAGAAUAUUUAAAGGUGAAAUGCUAUAGAGAAGAGAUGCUUGGCACGGACAACAUCGGUACAGCUACAUUGAGUCUUCAAGGAAUCAAUAACAGCGAAAUGCAUAUAUGGGUUCCGCUUGAAGAUGUUAAUUCUGGAGAAAUAGAGCUUUUGAUCGAAGCUUUGGAUCCCGAGUACAGCGAAGCGGAUUCUAGUAAAGGCUUGAUUGAAUUGGUUCUCGUUGAAGCGCGGGAUCUUGUGGCCGCGGAUAUUAGAGGAACCAGUGAUCCUUAUGUUAGGGUUCAAUAUGGAGAGAAGAAACAGAGGACAAAGGUGAUUUAUAAGACGUUGCAACCAAAAUGGAACCAGACAAUGGAGUUUCCAGAUGAUGGGAGCUCCUUGGAGCUACAUGUGAAAGACUAUAACACUCUGCUUCCGACUUCAAGCAUCGGUAACUGCGUUGUGGAGUACCAAGGGUUAAAGCCAAAUGAGACUGCCGAUAAGUGGAUAAUUCUCCAAGGAGUGAAACACGGGGAGGUCCAUGUCAGAGUCACGAGGAAAGUCACGGAGAUUCAGAGACGCGCCAGCGCAGGUCCUGGCACACCGUUUAACAAAGCUCUGUUACUGUCCAACCAGAUGAAGCAGGUGAUGAUAAAGUUUCAGAAUUUGAUUGACGAUGGAGAUCUUGAAGGUCUUGCUGAAGCUUUAGAAGAGCUGGAAAGUUUGGAGGACGAACAAGAACAGUAUUUGCUCCAGCUUCAGACAGAGCAAUCGCUGCUUAUCAACAAGAUCAAAGACCUUGGUAAGGAGAUUCUUAACUCAUCCCCAGCUCAAGCCCCGUCUCGAGAUUCUUAACUCGUCCCCAGUUCAAGCCCCGUCUCAUUCCCCAUCUCGAUCAGGCUCGGGUUCGGGGACAGGAUCCUCCUAUAACCGGAGAUUACCCGCACCAAUGUAGUCACUUGUUUUUCCCGAUCAAACAAUCAUCUAUGAUGUAUAUAGAUAGAUAUGUAGGGGCAUUGGAUAAAAUGUUCAGAGAGAGUUGAGCCCUUGUUACAAAGUUAGAUACAUAUGAUAUGUAACAUAUCAAAUCUGUAAGUUUCUUAUUAUUCCCUUUGUUAUUCUGUAACAAUAAAAACUGUUGUAAUUGUUUGUAAAACUGUUGUUCUGUGUCUAGGCUGAUCAGUCAUUUACAGAAGCAAAAUAGUUCUUUUGACCUCAAGUGUUAUCUAGUCUCCUCAGCACAGUGAGAUAUUUUUCAGAUUAAUAAUUGGUUAAUUUCUCAU